UCUUAAAUCAGAUCAGAUCUUGACAGAUCAAACCUGCACUACUAAAUCAGCCUCUGCCGAUCCCACGCAGAUCAAUUCCAACCAACACAUCACGCAAAAUGGUUCACCACAUUACUUCAAACGACGAGCUACAGAAGCUCCUCUCGUCAACAACAUACGUCGCCGUUGACUUCUUCGCAGACUGGUGUCCUCCCUGCAAGGCCAUCGCCCCCGUCUACGAGCAACUCUCCACUAAGCACAGCGUCCCUGACGUUUUGGCCUUUGCCAAAGUCAACGUGGACCAUGUCCAGGACGCCGCACAACAGUAUGGUAUCACUGCCAUGCCCACCUUUAUGUUCUUCAAGGAAGGAAAGCAGGUCGCCGUCAAUGGCCAGGCUGUGAUCAAGGGUGCUGAUCCCAGAACGCUGGGAGCAGCUGCUGAGAAGCUGGGCGGCCUAGCACAAAAGCGAGUUGCUGGCGCUUAAGGAAAUGAGAGGUUUAAAAAUGCGACCGAGAAUAGAAAGGAAAAAAAGAAAGAAAGUUCGGAGAAUUUAUUCCAGGGUUUAUUGCGGUAUUUGUCAUGGCACCUAAACUAGAGGCAUUUUGUGUGCCUGCAUUUGGGAGUUAAGGUUAGAGUUUGGAGGAAACAGAUGAUCAACGGUACUGGCUUGGAUCACCGGGAUCGAGAACAAGCUACGGGGUAUAAGAAAUGACUGUUUGCGGAUAUAUUUAUGCU